GUCAAUGUUGAAGAGAGUUUUUUCACUUGUUUUCCUACUCUUAUUUGUUAUGUCUCAUUCUUCACCUAAUGUUGCUUCUAAUUCUACUCAAGAAGCACUAGCUCUUCUCAAAUGGAAAGCCAGCCUUCAAAACCACAACCAUUCUCUUUAAUCAUCGUGGACUCUUUCUCCUGUCAAUGCAACAAAUACUUCUGUCCACCUUAAAACCAAGGUAAGUCCAUGUAUUUGGAUUGGAAUCUCUUGUAAUCGUGCUGGAAGUAUCACAAGUAUUAACUUGACCAACGCAAGUCUAAAAGGCACACUUUAUGAACUAUCCUUCUCAUUGUUUCCUAAUCUUGCAUGCAUUGAUCUAAGUGUGAAUGAUCUCUUUGGUGUCAUCCCUCCUCAAAUCAGCCACCUAGUAACUCUAAAGUUCCUUUACCUCUACACAAAUAAGUUAUUUGGUCCUAUUCCUAACGAGAUAGGCAACUUGAACUCCCUCACAGAGUUAGAUUUGGGAGAAAAUCAAUUAAGUGGCUCUAUUCCUCAUUCCAUUGGAAACCUGAGCAAUUUGAAAGUUUUAUACUUGUAUACCAACAACCUCUCUGGCACCAUUCCUAACGAGAUAGGCAACUUAAAGCUUGUUUCUGGUCUAGCAUUGAGUAGAAAUCAACUAAGUGGUCCUAUUCCUCAUUCCAUUGGAAAUUUGAGCAAUUUGAAAGUUUUAUACCUUUAUAACAACAACCUCUCUGGUACCAUUCCUAACGAGAUAGGCAACUUGAAGUUCGUUUCUAGUCUAGGGCUUAGUAUAAAUCAUCUGAGUGGUCUUAUUCCUCAAUCCAUUGGAAACCUAAGUAAUUUGAACGUUUUAUACCUUUAUAGCAACAACCUCUUUGGCACCAUUCCUGAGGAGAUAGGCAACUUAAAGUUCAUUUCUGAUCUAGCGUUGAGUACAAAUCAACUAAGUGGUUCUAUUCCUCUUAGCAUUGGAAACCUAAGCAUUAUAAAAAAUAUGUAUGUUAGUGACAACAACCUUUCUGGAAUCAUUCCUUAUGGAGUUGGAAAUUUCUUUAAGUUGAUUAGUCUGGAUUUGUCUAAUAAUCAAUUUACUGGUUAUCUUCCUCAUAAUAUUUGUCAAAGUGGAUCACUUACCUAUUUUCGUGCUAGUGAGAACAAUUUGCUUGGUCAAAUCCCCCAAGAUUUGAGAGAUUGCAAAAGCUUAAUUAGAGUCCGUCUUGAAAAGAAACAAUUCAUUGGAAAUAUUUCCGAAGAUUUUGGUGUCUAUCCAAAUUUAACUUUCAUAGAUCUCAGUCAAAACAAAUUUUAUGGUGAAAUCUCAUCUACUUGGGGAAGGUGCUCUAGGUUAGGUACUUUAAAUGCCUCUAGAAACAAUAUUACUGGGAGCAUGGUGCCUCUGAUUCAAAACUUGAUUGAACUUCAUGAACUUGACCUUUCUUCAAAUCAUUUAACUGGAGGGAUUCCAAAGGAACUUGGAAAGCUGACUUCUUUGAACAAGCUUGUUUUAAUUGGGAAUAAACUCUCUGGAGUUAUACCUCAUGAAUUUGGUUUACUCACACAACUUGAGCACCUUGACUUGUCAACAAAUAGCUUAUGCAAGUCAAUCCCUGGAGAAUUGGGGAACUUGUCAAGAUUGCAUUACUUGAAUUUGAGAAACAAUCAGUUUACUCGCGAAAUUCCAUUUCAGUUGGGUAAUUUGAUUCAACUCUCAGAGCUAGAUUUGAGUCAUAAUUUACUCAAAGGAGAGAUACCGUCUCAAAUAUGUAAAAUGGAAAGUUUGGAAUAUCUAAAUCUUUCCUACAAUAACCUUUCUGGUUUCAUCCCACGUUGUUUUGAAGAUAUGCAUGGAUUGUCACGUAUUGACAUAUCUUAUAAUGGGUUACAAGGUCCAAUUCCUAACAACAAUGCAUUUCGAGAUGCUCCGAUCGAAGCAUUACAAGGGAACAAAGAAUUGUGUGGCAAUGUUAGUGGACUGCCACCUUGUAGUGCUUUCAUUUCACGCAGACACAUCUUAGGAAAAAGGUUAGUAAUUUCCUUUGCUGCUUUAGGAGCACUUGCUCUUUUAAUUGUUGUGACAAUAAUGUUCUUUUGUUUUUGGAGAAAAAAACAAGAGUUACAGAACGAACGCAGAAUUGUGAAUAAAGAUAACUUUUUUUCGGUACUAAAUUUUGAUGGGAAAAUAUUGUUUGAAGAAAUUGUGAGUGCAACUGAGAAUUUUGAUGCCAAGUAUUGCAUCGGGAGUGGUGGAUUUGGAAGUGUUUACAAAGCACAACUUCUAUCAGAGGUUAUUUUGGCAAUAAAGAAAUCUCACUCACUUCAUUCUAAUGAGAUAAAUGACCAAAAAGAGUUUUUGAAUGAAAUAAGAGCAUUAACAGAGAUACGACAUCGAAAUAUUGUGAAAUUUUUCGGUUUUUGUGUAUAUUCUCAACACUCUUUUUUGGUGUACGAGUAUCUUGAAAGAGGUAGUUUGUCCAUAUUCUUGGGUAAUGAAGCUCUAGCAAGAGAAUUGGAUUGGGGUAAAAGACUAAAUAUCUUAAAAGGUGUGGUUGAAGCCUUGUCCUACCUACACCAUGGUUGCUUCCCACCAAUAGUCCAUCGAGACAUAUCAAGCAAAAAUGUAUUGUUGGAUUCAGAUUAUGAAGCUCAUGUUUCAGACUUUGGAAUCGCCAAAGUUCUCAAGCCAGACUCAUCGAAUUGGACACAAGUUGCGGGCACAUAUGGAUAUAUUGCUCCAGAAUUGGCUUACACGAUGAAAGUAACUGAGAAAUGCGAUGUAUAUAGCUUUGGAGUGCUAGCAUUAGAAGUGAUCAAGGGAAAACAUCCAGGUGAUGUCAGUCCUUCUCUAUCAUCUCCUUUCACUUGGGAGAACAUGUUGUUGAACAAUGUUUUGGACCAACGCCUUCCGCCUCCUCCGCCUACCAUUCAAGAUCAACUGAUGGUUGUCAUAAAGCUAGCAAUUGAUUGUUUGGAUUCCAAUCCAAAAUGUAGGCCGACCAUGAACAUGGUAUCUUAUUUGUUUAUGUAAAUGUAUUUGACAAAUUAUGAAUAUUUGUGAUAAUAUUUCCUAGAUUGUAUUUUCACAAUAGUUUUUUUAUCUUACUUUUUGUAAAUGUAUUUGGCAAAUCAUGAAC